AAAAAUUCAUCAACAUUUCUCGUACAAACAGCAAACGGGAAAAAAAUGGCGGGCUGGUUCGGAUCGCAAUCAUAUACGGUUGCCACCAUGACUGUCACCAGUACACCGUCUCCAGAUCUCGCUUUUACUAAUCUUGCUUACUGCUCACCGUCCGAUCUUCAGAGCUUCGCCGUCCCUGGCUCCAGACUCUUCCUUGUUAAUGUUGGCGAUGCCUUUGUUCUUUCCAUCUCUCCUCAUGAAAGCAUUCGCAGUAAAUAUAUUGCCCUUAAUGCUAUUCAUCGUCGGCUUGCGAAGGUUUCUAAUGGUGACACUGUAUCAGUGAGCAGAUUUGUUCCACCUGAAAAUUUCAACCUUGCACUGCUUAGGGUUGAGUUGGAAUUUGUGAAGAAGGGUACUAAAAAUGAACAGGUUGAUGCUGUUCAUCUGGCUAACCAGCUUAGAAAGAGGUUUGUGAAUCAGGUUAUGACAGCUGGGCAAAAAGUUACAUUUGAGUAUCAUGGUAAUAACUAUAUUUUCACAAUCAACCAAGCUCAACUAGAGGGGCAAGAAACUUCUAUUGUUCCUGAAAGGGGGAUGAUUUCCAAUGAUACCUACUUUAUCUUCGAAGCACAAAAUUCAAGUGGAAUAAAGAUCGUCAAUCAACGUGAAGCUGCCAGUAGUAGCAUCUUUAGGCAGAAAGAGUUUAAUCUACAAUCAUUGGGUAUUGGUGGCUUAAGUGCAGAGUUUGCUGAUAUAUUUCGGAGAGCUUUUGCAUCCCGUGUUUUUCCUCCUCAUGUGACUAACAAGUUGGGGAUUAAACAUGUAAAAGGCAUGCUGCUUUAUGGACCUCCUGGUACUGGCAAAACUCUCAUGGCUCGUCAAAUUGGAAAGAUGUUGAACGGAAAGGAACCAAAGAUCAUUAACGGUCCUGAAGUCCUGAGCAAGUUUGUUGGUGAAACUGAGAAGAAUGUUAGGGACCUAUUUGCAGAUGCUGAGAAUGAUCAAAGGACUCGUGGUGACGAAAGUGAUUUGCAUGUCAUAAUUUUUGAUGAAAUUGAUGCUAUAUGUAAGUCAAGAGGCUCAACUAGAGAUGGUACCGGAGUUCAUGACAGCAUUGUGAACCAGCUGCUUACCAAGAUAGAUGGAGUGGAGUCUCUAAAUAAUGUUUUGCUUAUUGGAAUGACCAACAGAAAGGAUCUGCUUGAUGAAGCCCUUUUGAGGCCAGGACGUUUGGAGGUUCAAGUUGAGAUAAGUCUUCCUGACGAAAAUGGUCGUUUGCAGAUUCUUCAGAUCCACACAAACAAGAUGAAAGAGAAUUCUUUUCUUGCUCCUGAUGUCAACCUUCAAGAGCUUGCUGCUCGUACAAAGAAUUACAGUGGAGCCGAGCUUGAAGGUGUGGUGAAAAGUGCAGUGUCUUUUGCUUUGAAUAGACAGGUAAGUAUGGAUGAUCUAACAAAGCCAGUGGAUGAAGAGAACAUUAAAGUUACAAUGGAUGAUUUUCUCAGUGCACUCCUAGAAAUCGUUCCUGCAUUUGGAGCCUCCACUGAUGACCUUGAGCGAUGCAGGCUUAAUGGCAUGGUGUAUUGUGGUGAUCGACACAAGCAUAUUUAUCAGAGAGCCAUGCUACUGGUAGAGCAGGUCAAAGUAAGCAAAGGAAGUCCUCUUGUUACUUGUCUUUUAGAAGGGUCAAGUGGAAGUGGCAAAACAGCAUUGGCAGCUACUGUUGGCAUUGACAGUGAUUUCCCAUAUGUCAAGAUAGUCUCAGCUGAAUCAAUGAUUGGUCUUCAUGAGAGUACAAAAUGCGCACAGAUUGUCAAGGUAUUUGAGGAUGCAUACAAGUCACCCUUGAGCAUCAUUAUCCUUGAUGACAUAGAAAGGCUACUGGAGUAUGUUGCUAUUGGGCCCCGUUUUUCAAAUUUAAUUUCUCAGACAUUGUUGGUCCUUCUCAAACGUCUUCCACCUAAGGGGAAAAAACUUCUGGUGAUAGGUACAACUAGUGAGGUGGGUUUCUUAGAUUCAGUUGGCAUUUGUGAUGCUUUUUCUGUUACCUACCAUCUUCCUUCAUUGAAGACAGAUGAUGCAAAGAAGGUGUUGGAACAACUGAAUGUAUUUGCUGAAGAAGAUAUCAGUGAAGCUGCUGAAGCGCUGAGUGAUAUGCCUAUAAAAAAGCUUUAUAUGUUGAUUGAGAUGGCAGCUCAAGGAGAACAAGGUGGAGCAGCGGAGGCAAUCUUCUCUGGCCGAGAGAAGAUUAAGCUUGCGCACUUUUACGACUGCCUCCAGGAUGUCAUCCGGUUUUCACUUCACCCUUUGUGCCACCAGACAAAGGCAGUGAAAUGGCAAGGUCACACACCAUUUCUAAAAACUUGGUGGUUGAAGCCUCAUCUUAUGAUCGGUUGGCUCGUGAUCUUGUCAUUUUUCUUACUAAUAUCCAUGGUGGUUUACGUUGCCUGUCUUUUUCUUGUUGCCAUGGAAGUGGUUUCCUUGAACAAAACCAUGGGUUUUUCGAGGAUGGUUCUUGACGGUUCCUCUUCCAUUCAAGAUCAGGUUUCCUCUGAACUUAAGAUUCUUUGUAAGGGUUUUAAGUUUAUAUGGACUAGGUUUAGGUUUAGUUGAGCAUUGUUUUUAAGAAGCAUUUUUGGGACAAAACAUUUUUGAGGAAAAAACUAAAAUUUAUUGUUUCUACUUUUGGUUAAAAAUGCUCUUUUGCAAAGAUUUUUUUUUCUAAAAACAUCUUGUUUAGCAAUGUUUUUAUCUCAAAAGUGUUUCUUAAAAGUAAUGCUAAAAUACUCUUAGUCUCAAAGCCCAUUAUGCCUAUUUGUCAAAUUGGGGAGGGGGCCUACUCUAUUUUCUCUCUCUUAGUAAGAAGAAAUUUUAGCAAUUUUAUA